AUGGCGACCCAGCUCGUUCAGCUUCCAGAAGUGGAGCGCCUUAGCGCCUCAGUCGUGAGGAUUUUAGGCGGGAAUCCGGGGAAGUUCACACUCCAAGGCACAAACACAUACUUAAUUGGUCGCGGCCAUAAGCGAAUCUUAAUAGACACAGGCGAAGGCAAGCCCACAUGGGCAGCAAACCUUCAAUCCGUGCUCUCCGAAGAAAAUGCAACAGUGCACCAGGCCCUCCUGACACACUGGCACGGCGACCAUGUCAGCGGGCUGCCGGAUCUGCUCAGAAUCUGUCCCCAGGCUCAGAUCUUCAAAAACCAGCCUGAUUCCACUCAGACGGAUAUCCAGGAGGGCCAGGUGUUCUCUGUCGAAGGUGCUACUUUGACAGCAUUCCAUACGCCUGGACAUACGGUUGACCAUAUGGUAUUCAUGCUCGAGGAGGAGAAUGCUAUGAUUACGGGUGAUAACGUCCUAGGCCACGGUACAUCCGUCUUCGAAGAUCUCAAAACCUACCUCAGCAGUCUGCACCGCAUGCGCGACCGCGUCGCCUCGGGCCGGGGAUAUCCCGGACACGGGGCGGUGAUCGAGAACGCCGGUGCGCGGAUCACUGAGUACAUCAAGCACCGUCAGCAGCGGGAAGACGAGGUCCUGCGCGUGCUGCGAUUCGGUAAGCUUGAUGUAGCGGACAGCGAGUCGGCGCCGGAGCACAGGCAGGCGUGGACGCCUAUCGAGUUGGUCAAGCGUAUUUAUCGGGACGUUCCUGAGAAUUUGCAUUUACCGGCUUCGCAUGGUGUGUCGCAGGUGCUGUUGAAGCUUGAGGAUGAGGGGCGGACGGUUCAUGAUUCGGACUCUGGGAAAUGGAGUCUUGUGAGUGAGAAGUCGGCUUUGUAG